AUGAGAUUUAAUUCCAAUAUUAAAAAAUGUGGAGAAGUUACAAUUCCUUAAAUAGACAGAGACAAGGGAAAAGAUUCUGAUUUACAUAUAUAUGUAGGACCUUCUCAUGGUUAAAUUACAUUUAAUUUGGAUUAAUUAGAAAAAAAAGAUUUAAGUUAAAAAUAUAUCUUUUAAGAUAUAUUAGAAUUAGUUAUCCAUGAAACGACUCAUCUUUUGGGUUUUUCACAACACUCUAUACCUUUAUGGAUAUAAUCUGAUAAAAGUCUUUAUACUGAACCUACUUUCAUAAAAAAAUUAAGGGGAAUUGAUACUUUAUUUCUCAAAACUCCUUAUGUUUUAUAUUUUGCUCGAAAAUAUUUUGGUUGUCCUUCCUUAGAUGGUAUGCCUCUUGAAAAUAUAGGUGAAGAUUUUUCAUAUUAUAGUGGUUUUACAGCUAAUCUUUUAAGAGACACAGGCUUCUAUGAGUAAAUAAAAGAAUCUAUGGGAGAAGAAAUACUCUAUGCUAAAGGAGUAGGCUGUCAACACUUCACUGAUAGUUAUUGUAAUUCUUAUAAAGAUGAAUAUUGUAUUCCUUAAACUGAAUAAGGUUAAUGUGAUUUCCACCAUAUUGGAUCUUCAAAUUGUAUUAUUGGUUAAUUUAAUGAAUCACGUUGUCAUACAUAUUAAGUUUCUUUAUAAAAGGAAUGCUGGAAUAUUAAAAAUAUGUAACAAUCAAAAUAACUAAUAGAAGUGUACGGAAUUUAAUAUGGAGUUGAUUCGAAAUGUUUUAACUCUCUUUAGUAAAAAUACUUAUUAUGUGAAUGA